AUGGACAUCGAUCAGGUAGUGGAGGUAUCUGACACGCCGGAUAGAUUAGCUUCCAGACACAUUCUUGGCAGAGAAUCUGUUGGUAAAGUCAGUAAUUCAUCAUUUGUUCAUGACUUGAGUAAUCCAAACCUUGUGGAUGAAAAAUAUGUCAAUGGGCCAAAAAUCAGGGAUAAUGGGCAUAGUAAAAGACUAGUUAUACGUCCUCCGAGAAAUCUUAGCAAUCUUGACAGUAAGAGUUGCAGUAACUCUAAUGUUGACAAUUCAUCUGCUUCCAAUAAUACUCCCAUUUUCCGGAGAGCUACAGUGAGCAAAAGCUCCAGUCGUGAAGCCAAACAUUGUAUGGGAACUGAUAAUGUGGACAAGGGAAAGCCUAUGAGAAUCAAAAUCUCUUCCAAACCAUCUGCUUGCCAAGGAAAUACUUACUUUUCUGAUAUAACCAAACAGAAUGGUUACACUCAAUUACCUGAAAAGGAUUUUCCACUUGGUGAAUCAGACGACCUUGUAGCCGAAGACAAAAGAAAAGGGCAAGUAGUAUCAGAUGGCAGCUCUUUGGUAAAUUGCAUUCCAAGUCAUUCAGAGGGAUCCAGAAAUAAUCUCAAGGGGAAGGAAAAAAUUGAUGAUAGUGCAUUUAAUGGUCUGGGUUUAGCUUUGGCUCUUGGCAAAGGAGUUGAUCCGUCCCUUGAUCCUCAACAUAGGCAACAAAAUCAUGUGCCUCUUCAUUCUGUUACCCUUCCGAGAGUUAGUGGCCAAAAAAGGUUGGUACGGAAUGGGUGUAUUUCCCCCCAUAAUAUAGCAACAAGGACUAAACAGUUAGCUGAAAAGCCUAACAAUAGUUCGAAGGAUGUUGAACAGAGUCAUUCAGGGAAUGUGGAUUCCAAUGGUUCACCAUAUGUCGUAGACAUAAGUGACAUAGUUUCUGAAGACAAUAAUAGUGAAAGAGUGAAAGGGAAAGGGAAAGGUGUAAUAAUUCAUUCUUCUGAACCAAGGAGAAUAAUGCAAGAAUUAUUCGUACAUCUGGCAGUGAUCUUGGUAGCGAUUUCAACUGGUGGCUGGAGAACUACACGUAAUCGUUCAAGGCAAAUAGAUCAUUUCUUGCCUUAUUCAACCGAGCAUUUUCCCAGGAGAACCAACGGAGUUGGAAACUUUAUCAACCAACAUCAAAAUAGGGUAGAUAGGAGGGAUACGAGGAGUCGAGGAAAUCAAAGGACUGAAGGUUUUGUAGAAGAUCUAAAUGCAACUCAAACAGCUUCAGGGCAUGUGUCUGAGCUAGGCCGGAUUGCUGGGCCAUCUCAUGCAGCAGAGACAGUUAUUAAAAGGCACAAGAAACGGGGAUUAAGUUCUGGAAGUCAUGCUGAAUGCUCUUCAUCGGUGUCUGGUGACUCAGAUAUUGUUUUUCUUGGGUCAUCCGACGCAUCAGAGAGUUUAAAGUCAUCUAGGAUCCAGAGACCUCAGUUUCAGGGGGCAUCAACUCGAGUUAUUGAAGUUGAUGACUUGUCACCUGCUGCAGGGCACUCUGUCGCUCAAGGUAUCAAUUCCAUGAAUGACGAUUUUGAUGCAAGGGCAAGACAACUAGAAGCUGAUGAGAUGUUGGCUCGUGAACUACAGGAACAAUUAUACCAUGAGGUGCCCAUUGCUGGAGGUGGCGAGCAGGUUGAUGAACAUCUAGCAUGGGCACUGCAGCAGCAGGAGGAGAAUACUUUAAAUACUUAUUCUAGAGGAAGUCAGAGUUCAUCACAUCGUAGAGGCUCAGCAAGCUUGCAUUCAAACAGACAGCCCCUGCCAGAAUCUUUACAGAACCAUUUCAAUAGGAGAGGAACCCGGGCUCGAGACUCUUCCAGCAUGGCACAGUUGAGGACUCGCUUUCGCAACCAGUCUAGAGUACCUACUAGAGGUAGAAGUCGGCGAUUUCCUUCCGACAUGGAUCUAGAAAUGACAUUUAAUGUAUUAGAAGCUUUAGAGGCGGCUGUUGAGGACUUUAGUGAUGUGGGACUGAAUGCUCGCAUGCUUCGAGUUCAAAGGGAUUUCAAUGACAAUGACUACGAGAUGUUAUUGGCACUUGAUGAGAACAAUCAUCAGCAUGCCGGUGCAACAGCACAUCAAAUUAAUAAUUUGCCACAAUCUACAGUUCAGAGUGAUGUCUCUGAGGAAACUUGCGCAAUUUGUCUGGAAACCCCAACCAUUGGAGAAACAGUUCGCCAUCUACCUUGCUUGCACAGAUUUCACAAAGAUUGCAUUGAUCCAUGGCUCGGUAGAAGGACUUCAUGCCCAGUUUGUAAGUGUUCCGUCACCUAGGUUGCACCGCGAUUCACCAUUCAGGGUAGCUUGCGACAACAGCAUCUUAAUUAUGUUUGUGGGGUCAAGGCAGUCGUGGGUUCAUUUUUGGUUUUCUUCUUAAGGAUGUUCUUAAGAACUUGUUCAGGUGGUAACAUCUGGUCUUCUGCUCAUACCAUAAAAGAAAGCUCAACUAUGCCUGUGUAGCUCGAUACUCGAGUGAUUAAUUUAAUUUCCAGGCCUGAUUAGCUCUGGUUUUUCGUA